GUAAAUUAGUCGAUAGUUUUUAUAAUCGAUAUAUUGCUCUCAACGUUAACCAGCAUUGGCGAAGUAAUUUAGUUUGUUGUUUUGGUUGCUGCGUUUUCAAGAUUAUUAGAAAUCAUGUCAGCGCCUAUUGAAAUUCCAUUGCGGGAUACUGACGAGGUUAUUGAGGUUCAUCCAGAUCAGUUACCAGAAUGUCAGGAAGUACUAGCUAUUUUACGCCAAGAGCGUUCCCAGUUAAAUACCUGGGUGAACGUGGCGUUGGCGUACUACAAGGAGAAAAAAACAGCAGACUUUAUAAGGCUUUUGGAAACGGCUAGAACUGAAGGGAAUACCGAUUAUCGUGACAUGGAGAAAGAUCAAAUGCGUGCAUAUGAUAUGUUGGCUGCACAUUACGUACAGGAAGCAAAUCGGGAAAAAUCGAAAGAGAAAAAGCGAGAGUUAUUUAUGAAGGCCACAAACUUGUACACAACUGCUGAUAAAAUUAUUAUGUACGAUCAAAAUCAUUUGUUGGGUAGAGCUUAUUUCUGCUUGUUAGAAGGCGAUAAAAUGGAACAAGCAGACGCCCAAUUUAAUUUCGUACUCAACCAAUCACCUGCAAAUAUUCCAUCGCUUUUGGGCAAAGCAUGCAUCGCCUUCAAUAAAAAGGACUAUAGAGGAGCUUUAGCUUUUUAUAAAAAAGCACUACGUACAAAUCCGAAUUGUCCAGCGAACGUUCGUAUGGGCAUGGGUCAUUGUUUCCUUAAAAUGAACAAUCAAGAAAAAGCUAAACAGGCAUUUGAAAGAGCACUAGAACUCGAUUCUAAUUGUGUUGGGGCUUUAAUUGGGUUGGCAAUAUUAAAACUUAAUUUGCAUGAACCCGACUCAAACAAAUUAGGUGUCCAAAUGCUAUCCCGAGCUUAUACUAUUGAUUCUACAAGCCCUAUGGUAUUAAAUCAUUUAGCAAACCACUUUUUCUUCAAAAAAGACUACCAAAAAGUUCAACAUUUGGCGUUGCAUGCUUUUCAUAACACCGAAAAUGAAGCGAUGCGAGCAGAGAGUUGUUACCAAUUAGCACGCAGUUUCCAUGCCCAGUGUGAUUAUGAUCAAGCGUUUCAAUACUACUAUCAAUCAACCCAAAUCGCACCUGCUAAUUUUGUGUUACCUCAUUAUGGUCUCGGACAGAUGUAUAUAUAUCGCGGUGAUACUGAAAAUGCUGCUCAAUGUUUUGAAAAAGUGUUGAAAAUUCAACCAGGAAACUACGAAACAAUGAAGAUUUUGGGCUCUCUUUAUGCAAACUCAAACUCACAAGCAAAACGUGACAUGGCAAAGUCACAUUUAAAGAAGGUUACUGAACAGUUUCCUGAUGACGUAGAAGCUUGGAUAGAGCUAGCCCAAAUUUUAGAACAAAAUGAUCUUCAAGCUUCUCUAAACGCCUACGCUACAGCAUCAAAUAUUCUAACCGAAAAGGUUAAAGUAGAAUUACCGGCAGAAAUAUUAAAUAAUGUCGCCGCUCUACAUUAUCGAAUUGGUAAUUUAACUAUAGCUAAACAAAAGUUAAACGAAGCAAUACAAAGAGCUAGAGUGGAAGCAGAUAGCUCGAAUGCAGAUAAACAAUAUUAUGAUUCCAUAUCAGUGACAAUGACCUAUAAUUUAGCUCGUCUCAAUGAAGCUAUGUGCAGCUUUGAUAUAGCCGAUAAAUUGUUCAAAGAUAUAUUAAAAGAACAUCCAAAUUAUAUUGACUGCUACUUACGAUUGGGAUGUAUGGCACGUGACAAGGGUCUCAUUUUCGUAGCAUCUGAUUUCUUUAAGGACGCAUUAAAUAUCAAUAACGAUAACCCCGAUGCAAGGUCUUUGUUAGGAAAUUUACAUUUGGCAAAAAUGCAAUUUGCUUUGGGACAAAAAAAUUUUGAAACAAUCUUGAAAAAUCCUACAACUGCUACGGAUGCAUACUCGUUGAUUGCACUAGGAAAUUUUUCAUUGCAAACACUUCAUCAGCCGAUCAGAGAUAAGGACAAGGAACGAAAACAUCAGGAAAAAGCUUUAUCUAUAUAUAAACAGGUUUUGCGCAAUGAUCCUCGAAAUAUUUGGGCUUCUAAUGGCAUCGGCGCUGUAUUGGCGCAUAAAGGAUGUGUUAUAGAAGCACGAGAUAUAUUCGCACAGGUUCGAGAGGCAACGGCUGACUUCUCAGAUGUUUGGUUAAAUAUUGCUCAUAUAUAUGUUGAGCAGAAGCAAUACAUCAGUGCAAUACAAAUGUACGAGAACUGUAUGAAAAAAUUCUACAAACAUCAUAAUGUCGAGGUGAUGCAGUAUUUGGCACGUGCAUACUUGCGUGCAGGUAAACUCAAAGAAGCAAAAACAGUCCUGCUAAAAGCGAGAAGGGUUGCGCCACAAGAUACGGUAUUACUUUUCAACAUUGCUGUGGUACUGCAACGUUUGGCUAUGGCUAUCCUUAAAGACGAAAAGUCAACUCUUGAUGUAGUGUUGCAAGCUGUUCAUGAAUUGGAAUUAGCGCAAAGAUAUUUUCAAUACCUCUCGAUUUGUGGUGAUAAAACACGUUUCAAUAUUGAGAUUGCUGGCAUUGAGGCCAAUCAGUGUCAGGAUCUCUUGUCUCAAGCCCAAUAUCAUGUUUCCCGAGCUCGUCGUAUCGAUGAAGAAGAAAAGGCUUUGCGUCGCAAGCAGGAAGAGGAACGAUUGGCCUUUAAGACGAAACAAGAAGAAGAACGUAAACGCCGAGAAGAAGAACAAAAGAUGUCCCGAGAACAAAUGCUUGUAAAACGCCAGGAAUAUGUUGAGAAAACUAAGGGCAUAUUGAUUAUUUCGGAAAAUCCGCCUCAAUCCAAAGAACGCAAGAAAGGUGGUCGUCCACGCAAGGAUGGUUAUGCUUCCGAUUCUGGUAGUGAUGUUGGAGAAGUUGAUGGUGCUGAACGUUCUAAGAAGAAACCCAAGGAACGCAAAAAGGGUGCUGGUAGAAAGAGAAAAUCGGCACAAGACAAAUAUGAUAGUGACAGUGAUGGUGAAAUCCAACCUAGAGAAAAGAAACAGAAAAAUAAGAAGGCUAAAGAGGCAAAGGAAUCGAAAGAAAAGUUGUCAGCCAAACAACGGCUUAAGAUUGUUUCGAAAGCUACGAUAUCCACGAGUGAAUCCGAUAGCGAUGCUGGUGGACGCAAGCGAAAGCAUGUUGCUAACAGAGAUCAAAGUGAAAGUGACAGUGACGGUAGUGUUGAGUCCAAGCGCGUGCGUCGUAUAUCAAGAUCACCGUCAGAACAACGUUCUCAUAGUGAAAGUAGAUCUCGUUCCGGUUCCCGGUCUAGAUCUAGAUCUAGAUCACGUUCUGGUAGUGGAUCUGAAAGACGGUCGCGUUCAAAGUCGAGCUCAAGAUCUAGAUCGCCUUCAAAGUCGAGAUCUGCUUCGCGCUCACCUUCUUCUUCACCCCAACGUACAAAGGACAAGUCUUCAGUAAAAUCUCAUUCACGCAGUCCAUCGGUUUCAGAAUCUGAAUAAAAUACUAUGUUUUUUGUUUUAAUAUAUGUAGCUAUGUAUUAAUUCAACCAAAAUACCACUAAAUAUAUAUAUAUAUAAAUCAUCCUCAGCGUAAAAUGUCAAUAA